AUGUCAAUAAAAUUAAGAGAACUAAUUCGAAACAUCCGGAAUUGUAAAACGGCAGCAGAGGAAAGGUCCGUCGUGGCCAAGGAAUGUGCACUCAUCAGAACAGCAUUCAAAGAAGAAGACAAUAUCUACAGACACAGAAAUGUAGCCAAAUUAUUAUUCAUGAAUAUGUUGGGGUACCCAACCUACUUUGGUCAAAUUGAAUGUUUAAAAUUAAUUGCCUCGAGUAAAUUCUCCUUUAAAAGGAUAGGCUACCUAGGGUUGACCAUCCUACUUGACGAAAACACGGACAUCCUAAUGUUAGUGACCAAUUCUAUAAAGAAUGAUUUAAAAAAUAGUAAUCAGUACAUUAACGGGUUGGCCUUGUGUGCCUUGGGCAACAUUGCAAACACGGAAAUGUGCUCCUCCUUGAGGUACGAAAUUUUGGAUUUGAUGAAUAUAAAUAAUCCCUACAUUAAGAAGAAGGCAGCCAUGUGUGCAAUUCGUAUUUUAAAAAAAACAAGCGACAUGGAAGAUCUGUUCGUCGAGAAAAUUAACAGUCUGUUAGAGGAUAGAAACCAUGGAGUGUUAAGUGCUGGCAUCAGUUUGAUGAUAUCCCUCAUAGAGAAGAAUUCCCAAUAUAGGAAGGUGCUCAGGGGGCACACCAACAAAAUUGUGAAAAUUUUAAAGAGUUGCGUCAUGUCGAGUUAUUCCCAUGGUGUUGAGUAUGACGUGUACGGCAUUAACGACCCAUUUCUGCAGGUUAAAAUAUUGAAGCUUCUCAAGUAUUUGAAUACAGAUGGUGGAGGUACCUCCAGCGGGGCGAUUGGUACACGAAGUGAGGGCCAACCCGAUGAAACCAUCGAAGGUGUAACGGAUGGUCACACAGCCAUGACGCACAGCAGAAACAUAGUUGGAACUGAAUCAGAUAAUAAGCAGCAUAUUUACGACAUGGAAGAAGUCAAUUCGGUGUUAGCCCAAGUAGCAACGAAUACAGACUCGACAAAAAACGUAGGGAACGCUAUCUUAUAUGAAUGCGUGAAGACAAUCACGUAUAUAUCAACCGACCCAGGGUUGAUAGUCCUAGCUGUGAAUGUCUUGGGGAAAUUUUUACAAAACCCCGAUAACAACAUCAGAUAUGUGGGAUUAUGCACCUUACAGAAAUUACUAAAGAAGGAUCCGAAAACGUUGCACAUAUAUAGAAAUACCAUAAUAGAGUGCCUAAAGGAUCAAGAUAUAAGCAUCCGGAAAAAGGCACUCGACGUGGCAUUUGCCCUUAUAACAAAGGAUUCACUAAAAGUGAUGGUGAAGGAACUGCUAAAUUAUUUACUCGUCGCGGAUAUAGAAAUAAAGAGUGACAUCGUUUCAAACAUAUGUGUAUCAGUGAAUAAAUACUCCCCAAAUGUGCAAUACCUUUUAGAUACGUACAUUAAAUUGUUGUGUCUAGCUGGGAACUUCAUACAAGACCAUAUCAAGAACGAUUUUAUCUACCACGUUUUGCAAAAUCCAGAAUUCCACGCCUAUGUUGUAUAUAAAAUAUUUUUUUGUAUAAAAGAGAACCUAAAUCAGUACGCACUAGUGCAAGUGGGAAUUUGGUGCAUAGGGGAGUUAGGAGAUUUACUAGUGCAGGAGGGUAAUAAAAAUGUCGGACCAGAUGGAGAAACGAUAACUGUCACACAUGACGAUGUUUUCGAUUUAUUAGAAAAAAUCGUAAAAACGUACGAAAAAAAUGCCAUUAAGGAGUUACACAAUAUUAAUAUUAAGGACCCCAUACAGAACAUUCUGUAUAAUAAAUCUUCCAACAUAUUUGAAGAUAUUCAUUUGAACACAGUCAAUUAUGCUCACACGAGCUAUAAUAAUAGUGCCUACAUUUGUUGUAACGUCGCAAAUGAAAGCAUGCACUCCAAUGACAGCAAUGUUAUUUUGCAGUAUGUCCUCAUGUGCCUUAAUAAACUCACCGUGCGCUUCCCCACGCAGAAAUUAAAAAUAGAAAAAAUUAUUCAGAAAUAUAAAAAAAAUAAUUGCAUUGAAAUUCAACAGAGGGCUUGUGAAUUUCACGAAUUGAUGAGCACACAGUGGGAUGAUAUAAGAGACUCCAUACUUCUACGCAUUCCUCCGAAUACUAAUAAAAAAAUAUACAAGAGGAGACCCUCCCACGUGGAUGACGAUGAUGUUGUGGAGGUCAGUCUUCAUGACGCGAUUGGCAGCCAAGGAGUGGGAGACGCAGGCAUUAUGAAUAAUUCUUCCACGGACAUUUACACUGAUAAGGUUAGCACUGCCUGUGCGGACCUUCUAGACCUGGAGGAUGUUCUGGGCAUACAAAAUGGAGAUACAAAUAACUCCAGUGUCGUCAGGGACGUUCGUGGUGCUCCCCCUGUGAUAGCUACCCCCAACGGAACUCGCCACAUUAGCAUUAACGAGAAAGUUGCGAACAAAUUGGACAUGCUAGACAUUGCUGAUGAUGUUAAAAUAUCCAGUACCCACUUGUUAAGUAGCCAGGAAUCGAAGGAGAACGCCAUUGCAAGGAAUGACAAGGGGGUUGAAAUUGCGAAGAAGAAAAAUGAAGAUAUACUGGCGGACCUCUUCGGCAAUAUCUCGAUUGAUCAGCCUAAGAGGAAUGUGCAAGGAAACGCCUCCUUGGACAUUCUGGGCGACAUGUCGCCGGAGAAGCAAGACGACCUCCUGAACCUAAAUCCAGGGAGUGCAAAAAUACAAAUAGACCCCUUGAAGGUGUACGACAAAAACGGCGUCGAAAUUUGCUUCCACUUUGAAAAAGAAAACAUGGAAUCGGAAGCUGCAACUAUAUGGGCUACCUAUUCUAACAAGUCAAGCGAGUUGUUAUCUUCCUUCAUUUUUGAGGCCGUCGUGCCCAACUACGUGAAACUCGAAAUACUCGCUGCCUCAUCCAGCGAACUCCCCCCAGGAGAAGAAAACAAAAUACGACAGGAACUAAAAAUUGUAAACAAGCUCUUUAAGAAGAAGCCACUCCUUAUGAAGGUGAGGAUAUCCUAUCUGAGGAAUGGAGAGAAGUUGCAGGACUUCAUUAACAUUGGAAACUUUCCUACUGCUUUGUGA